UAAAGUCACAACUUCGAACAGAGUUUGUAGAAUUUGUAGAUUCGAUCGCCAGGUGACGUGCAACCAUCGUCGUUUCACCAUCGACAUCUGAAUCAGAUAAUACCGCUGGCUCGUAAGAUGAUCGUACGACAUACGACAAUCGCUCCAAUUCCGGAGCUCCUACGCUCGAUCGCCCGGCCGGUCCGAUGUGCCCGUCGCCGUUACUCGACCCGACCACCACCACUCAAGCUCGACCUCCUCCAGUCUCAUGCUCUCAUUCGUCGUAUAGACCCCGGUUCAGACGCUGCAAGCUCUCCGAAGCAAUCUGAGUCUGAUAUCAAGCCGGAGGACUUUGUUUAUUACCCCAAUUUUUUCUCUCCGGAAGAACAGGCCAUCUUGGUCAGGCUGGCUUUAUGGAAGUUGGACCGGGUGGAUUCGAAGAAGAAGCGGACGAGGAGACGACGGUCGUCCACCUCAACUUCUACACCCGCCAUCGACGGAGAAGUUGAAGGAAAUGGGUCGCAAGCAGGAACUUCGAAUUUAGAUCUGCAGGCGUUGUUCGAAGACCCGAGUGUGUAUGGGUUCGAAGAAGGCCACUUCGACUCAGUAAUCACCUCCUACAGAGAAUCACUCCUCACAGCCUUCCCCGAACCGUCCGUCAUCCAUCCGAUAGUUCCGUAUCCGGCGAUUUUGAAGAGGGUUUAUGGACUUUUACCAGCUUCGCCCGGGGCGGAGUUGGCCAGGGGGCUAUAUGAAUCGCUAGUUCUACCUGUUUCUGGGUCUACAGGCUCCGUUAUAUCCCAAUCAAUAACAAGAACAACACCGUCGUCAACCUCAAAUCCAAAUGCCUACAAUCCUUCAGGAGAGGAUUGGGAACCGUUCGCAGCCCCUCUCCAGACGACUACCCACGCACUGCACCUCUCGCCGACAGGGAGGAUUGAUCCGCACGUCGAUAACGUGGAUGCGAGUGGGAGUGUGAUCAUCGGAGUCAGUUUGGGCGCGGAGAGAGUCUUGAGGCUGGAGCGUAACGGUGCCGAGAGUGAAGGUAGGGACGGGUGGGAGGUGUUGUUAAAGAGCGGAUCGGUCUAUAUACAAAAGGAUACCGUCCGGUACAACUACGCCCAUUCGAUCCUCCCUUAUUCUUCGGACCGUUCUGUGGACGCCGAGGGGGAGAGGUUGAGGCCGGGUCAUCGGAUCUCGUUGAUGAUCAGGGUGAGUCUGCUUUCUGGUUGCUUUCUGUCUGUUUUCGGUUCGCGGGGUACGGUCACAGGAGCGCGGUUUUGGGUGCGGUUUCGUAUUGCGACCACUAAAGAGAGUCUCGAUGACAGCUAGGCAGGAAACGCUGCAGAAUGAAAGUUGGGACAGAAGAGGACACGUAGGAGACAGUUUGAUCAAGCUGGCGAGUCGAGGCGUGACUCCGAGCCGGAAUGCAAGAAAGAUAUGCGACAAAGUACCAAGUGAUUAGGUGUGGGA